AAAGGCCCCUCGCUCGGCCAGCCGGGUGGUCGCCAGCCGAAGCACCCUCGAGACCUGGGUGGAAGGAGACGCUCUCUCCGCCCCUCUUCCCGUCUCUAUGCUUCUUUUCCUUCCUGCAGCUUCCGCACAGUUGCAUAGCAAACCGGAAGUGUUGCUCGGCGCGUUCGGGUAGCCCCCGUUCCCGCUCGGGUGACGUGGCCUGUCGCCGCCCCUCCCCCAGCUGUCCGGUCGGGGAAGCGGUGAGGAGAGCGAGGGCACUUCUGAGCGCGUGCAGAGUGCGUCGCCGAACACGGAGACGGGGCGGCGGGGCAGCGCCUCUAAGCAUGGACAGAGCGCCCCUCCGCUUGCCCGGGGAUUGGGAGGCCGCUGCCAGAGUGAGGGAAGCCACGCCUGGAGCAGGAAUCACAAGACGCUCCGGAGCGAGAAGACGCCAUCCGGCCUCUCGCAAAUGAGCAGCGCACCCGUGUUCCCGGCUUCAGCCAAAUCCUUCCUCAGUCCUAGGCUCGCAUCCAAAUGGCUGCUGAACCAUCGCAUAAGGAACCGUGCCAAGUCCCUGGGCAGGCCUGAGUGUCUUCGGGGCCUGGGCUGCUUUGCUGCUUGUUCUGGCCAGGCAGAGAGUGGCGCUUCUUGAGUGCGGAGCGUUGGCUGUGGGGCUGCAUCUCGGAUGGAGGUGCUGGCAUGAAAGCAAGGCGGAAGGGCCUGCACAGGGAAGCUGCCGAACCACCUCCUGGGUGAAUUUUGCCCCCAAGUCGGCCCCUGACUCUGGGGUGACGCCUCUGGUGGGUUGAUGGCGCCAUAAGCAUUCUCUUUGGACACGGAUUCCAGGCUGUGAUGUAUCUUUGCGGAAAGGAGCCCUUCCUGAAGUUCAGGAGGUACCGUGGAGAGAUUUUAAGCUAAAUGGCUGCCUCCUCCCAGAGCGAUCCGGCAGCCGGGGCCUGGUGGAGCUGCUGCUUCCUCUACGACGGCUCCAAGGUGAAGGAGGAGGGGGACCCGACGCGUGCCGGGAUCUGCUUCUUCUCCCCUCGCCAGACCCCACUGGACCAGCAGGAGCUGCUGUGUGGCCAGAUCGCUGGCAUGGCCCGCUGCAUGGUGGACGUCUCUGGCGCCCCUCCAGGCCUCAUCCGGCUGCGGAAGCUCAAGUUCGCCGUGAAAGUGGACGGCAGCUACCUCUGGGUGCUGGGCUGCACGACCGACCUCCCCGACGUCAGCGCCAGGCGGCUCCUGGAACAGCUGGCCGGGCUCUUCCGCUUCUACAACGGACCCAUCCAUCGGGCAUACAUGGAGCACACGCAGCAGGAGCUGGACCGGACGUGGGAGCGCUGCGUGGCGCACCUGCAGCGGACCCCCAGCCACCUCCACCGCGUCUUCGCGUCCCUCUGGGCCGUGGACAAAACCAAGGUGGAGCCGCUGCUGCUGCUGAAGGCGGCCCUCAUCCUGCAGGCCUGCCAGCGUGUUCCGCACGUGCUGGCCGGGUGCAUCCUCUACCAGGGGCUGGUCGUCAGUACGCAGCUGCCGCCCGACCUCACGGCCAGAGUCCUCCUGCAGGAGCCGGACGCGGGCGCAGAGGACGAGCCAGACGGUGGGCAGGCCGGGCCGGCGGCAGGGAGUGGGCCGCUGCCCAAGGGGGUCCAGAUUACCUCGGUUUACCUUUCGGAAGACGAAGCAGCUGCCCUGCGGGAUGUCUCCCUGGAGUGGAUGUCCAGUCCUAGCAGCUUCCACGGAGGCCAGGGCAGCAGCCAGGCUGGCGUGGCCUCUGCCGGAGCCAGUGGGCUGGUGAGGGUGGCCCUGUACGUGCACCGCCUCCGAGGACUGGUGCUCUCCCUCCUGGCUGAGGAGCGCUUCGUGGAGACCGGGAGCUCCAUUGAGGAUGUGCACCUCAGCAGCCUGGCCUCUCUGAACGGCUUGGAGGUUCACCUCCAGGAGACCCUCCCAACGGACGCCCCCCCGCCCAGCAAGAGCGGCUACGGCUUCGCGCACUACGACUCCAUCCAGAACGUCCUCACCACCAGCCUCCCGCCGGCCGUGGCUCCUCCGGACCAGCCCUUCCUGAGGGCCGCCAGCCUGCUCCAUGCCACCUUCGCCCGGCUGCCCUCCGUUUCGGAAAUCACGGUGAGAAGUGCCUCCGCCGCCGUGUACGCCUGCCGGAACGCCGUCCAGGAGACCUACUUCCAGCAGCUGGGCGCCCCGCUCCGCAACUCCGGCGUGCCCAGCCCCCACGACAGCGCCUUUGCCCUGCCCGGCAAGGCCCGGCAGAAGCUCCUGAGGCACGGGGUGAACCUGCUCUGACCCGGCGCCCGACCGGGUGCCUGUGGAGCCUCGCGUGAGCCGCGAACCCCGGACCCUCGCUGCUGUGGACCGUGCAGCCGUUUCCGUUUCCAGCCCGUCGGCGGCUGGCGGGGCUUUCGCACGUAAUGUGCGGACUUGGCGUCCCCCGAGCCUCCCGCUGGCCCCACCGCUUGCUCCCCCAGGCCUGACGCCCACUCCCAGGGGGCAGGUGCCCCGGACUGCCGUGCCCCCCGCACAUGCGAACGAUGCAGGGCCUCAGCCCUGCCUGGCACCAUCCAGCGGGACCAAGCCCACCCGGGGGGCAGGUCGAGGCUGUCCUCAGGAGUGCCGAGGCAGGGCCUGCCCCCCCCCGCCCCGGGUUUGCCAUUUUGCUGGCUGGCUCGGAGGCGCCGUGCCUCAGGAAAGGCGAGCGCACCAGCCCGGUCACUUUCGGCACGAAGGGGCCGGCGAGGGGGCUUGGCCAAGCACUCCCAAGCUUCGCCCCCCCCCCCCCAAGUCGCUGUCUUUCCGCCUUGGAUCCCCCGGCGGCCGGCCUUGUGCGCCCACCCGCUGCCUGCGCUCCCCGUCCGGUGCUGUGCUGGAGGCUGUGGGGCGGCAGAGGACGCAGAGAUGGGAGGGGGUCGCUGGCGGGCCCCCACCCGGGUGCAGUGCAGCGCCCCGCCUGGGACAAUAAAGGUGCCCCUCGGGCCGCGGGCGUUCU